AUGCAUUGGAAAUUUGGAGAAAGGAUUCCUUACUGUGAAGAUAAGAAAAUCCUAGGAGAAAUACAUGGAUAUUUAGACAUAGCUAACUAAAUGAAAUAUUUAGACAAAACUAAGACUUAUCAAGAAAUAGUAGAAAUGAUUAAAAAGUAAUCAAUACCAGAAUAUUACAAAGUAUCAGAGAACUUAAUUACAGACUAUGUUAUUAGAGUAGACAAGUUGGAUGAAAUGUUUAAAGUUGAAAGCCCAGAAAUAUAAUGCCCUAUAUGUUUCUAACUAGAAGAAAUCCCAGAAAUGCAUAUUCGAGAAGGAAUUAGACUUUAUAGACAGGAAUAUAAUAUCUAGAUAGAAAAAGUUAAAAACAGAGGAUUCAUACCAAUUUACAGGUGCAAAAACAUAGCGAUCUUCACAGACGCAGGAUAUAUGAAAAUUGGAAAUAUUGAAUAUGCUUCAAUAGGAAUUAUUGAUAUGUUUAAUUGUGUAUAACGCUCACAUGAAAUUACUCUCACUGCAAUAGCCAAAGAAAGAAAAGUUAAACUGAACAAUGUAGUUGGAGAACUAAUAGCUAUAAAAAAAGCUAUAGAGUAUAUUGAGAGGAAAUAUAUAGGGAUUGGUGGUAAGGCAAUCUCAGAUAAAGGAAUCUAAGUCUAACAUUUUGAUUAAAUCACUAUUUAUACUGAUUCACUAAUUUCUGUGGAAAUCAUGGAAAAGUGGAUAUAUAGGUGGACGAAAGAAGAAGAAUCAAUGAACAAUGAUAAUGCAUACCUGUUAGUAGAGAUACACUAAAAAUUACUAUAAUACUAACAAAUUAAGCUAGAACAUGUAAGAGGACACUAAAGAAACGGGAACUGGAAAACAAUAGGCAACCACUAUGCAGACAGAGCAGCAACAUACUCAAUUACACACAUGUGGCUUGCUCCUAGAUGCAAAAUGACUAUACCCGAAAUUGAAGAUGAUGGAAACAACUCGGCGAUUUGUUAAACAUGCCUAAAGAACAAAUGGAAGCCAGCAGAUAAAGAAACAAGAAUUCAAAUGAAAUAGUAGAUGAAAAAAGAUGCAAACCCAGCCAAAUAAUAAAUGGAAAUAAACGGAGUGCUUAAACAAUACAUCAAUAGCAACUUUCAAACCCAUGGAAAAGUAGAUUGGGUUAAUGAAGUGGAAAUAGGCAGAUAAAAAGUUUGGCAGGGGAAAUCAUACAAGUUCUAUAGAUUCUUCUAGGAGGAAGUUAUAUAUAGAAAAGCACUUAUAAAAACAAUGCAAUAGCAAAUGUAGCUAUAAGAAGAUUCUGAAUAACGAGAAACUCAAGAUAAAGAAAGAUAGAGACAAAAGUUCAUAAGGUUCUAAUAGGCAAGUAUUGGAGACACAACUAAAUAGGACACCCACCUUGACGAAUAUCCAUUUGAUGAAAAAGAUAUAAAAGAAGGAGCAAUUACAGAAUAAGAAAAAGUCUAGAAAUAAUGGCUAUCUAGAUAACUUUAUGAUUUAUAUAAAAAUAAAGAUGAAAAAGGUAAGUUAGAUAUGAUAGAAAAUUUAGCAUUAUAAGAUAAAGUAGACAUAGCAACAAUCAGUAUCAGAAGGAUAGUGUUGAAAACAAAUGACAAAGAUAUGUCAAAAAGUAUCUAGUUUGAAGAUAUUUUGAGACAUAACUUAGAAAAGGAAUAUGAAGAAAUUCUAUAAAGAAGAGGGACUAGAUAAUUUAUUAGGAAAAGAAUGAAAAAAUUGAAUAUAAUAGGAGACUUCGACAAAAAACAACCUGGAAAUUACUUUAAGAUAGAAAAAAUCAAAACUCUGGAUUGGGAUAGAAUUGCUAACUAAGGGACUAAAUUUCAAUUUUCUAUCUUGACUUAAGAUAAACAAGAGAGACAAAUAGCAGUAAAAAAUAUCUAGUGGAAUGCGGAUAAUGAACUUACCUAGAAAUUUAGAAAAGAAUACUACAGAAUUAUGCCAACAAUAUGGAAAGGACUAAUGAAAGCACAAGGAUUUUAUGGGAAUGGAAGUGGUAAAGGUAUUUAUGAGUGUUAAAUCUGUAAAACUAUGAGAGGACAAAAAGGGAUCAGAGCUAGCAUAUAACACUUGUACAAUUGCGUGGAGGAUUUAGUGGAAAACGUAGAAGCUAGAACCUAAAACUACUUACAACUUCUGUAGGAUAGGGGAUAUUAGAAGGAUGUAGCAACAAAAAGAUGUGAAAAGUUUAAAAAGGAGGAAGAAUAGUGGAUAAACAUAAUUGAACCAGACUAUGAAUCAAUAUAUGAAGUAGCGAUUACUUAUGGACUUAUAAGGAAGUACACUAUUGAUUCAAGUAAGAUUAAGCACUUAGCAAGCACAGUUUAAAUGACCAGCAAGAUAAUAGGACUUUACAAAAAUCUGAAUAGAGACAGGGAUUAAAUAGUGAAAAAGCUAACAUGGGAAGAAUGUGAGGAAGCAAACAAAGGAUAAGUGCAAUGGAAGAAAAAGUGGAAACCGACAACAGUCGAGACGGAAAAACUUGUUAGAGUAAUCAAGGUUAAAGAAAAUUCGGAAGAGCUGCGAGCUCCAAUACCUACAGAAGCUGCUGAUAGAAGGGGGAUCAUAAGUGAACCUGAAAGUCGGAAGCUGAAGUAAGUAGAAGAACUUAAGGCUCUGGAAGAAGAAGUAUUUUUCCAAGAGAACUCGAACGAUAUUAUUGAAUAAGACUUUUUAGUCUUACACGAUAAUUCGGUAGAACGUAACAUACGGUAAAACGGUGAAAUGCCUGGUUUAGUUGACAUUUCCGUUGUUUUACCUUAAAAAAUCCAAAAGCCUAGCUAAACACAAGAAACUAGAAUCCAUACUCAAGAACAAAUCUAAAUAAUGAAUGAAUACAGAAACCAAGAAUUAGAAGACUUAGUUAUGAAUUAUGACCUAACAGACCAAGAGGAACCAAUACCAAGAAGCGCCUUAGUUGUGCAGGUAAGGGGAAUCAAAGUACAAUAGCUGCCAUAAAAUGUGGAAACUACAAUGGAAGAUAUUAGAGAAGAAUUCUGUUAAUCUAGAAAGGAAACAGCUAACCUAAUCUAAGAAGCACUAUGGAAUCAAAGAAUAGAAAAAAGAGAUGGAUUCAAAAAACAAAAAAAGGAGAGAAUGAAUAAAUUCAAAAAAGUUGAAAUCAAGAAAUUUGAAAAUCCUAAAAUUAUCGGUGACUAUAUUUUGAAUAUUGAAAAAGAAAGCAGAAAAUUAGAAAAAUUAACCAAGAUCAAAGAAAAGAAGAUUGAUAAAGCAAGAGAAAGUUUGAGGAAACAAUAUGUAUUAGAAAAUGUGUAAUAACAAGAACUAAUGGUGGUAGAUGAAAAUCCGAUGAAUAGUAUGAAAAUGUAAUCAAUUAGAUAAGUUUCUGAACAAAAAAGAGUGUUCUAAACUGAAAUAAUUAAUCCGAUUAGGUAAGAAUAAGAAUCUAUGUAAUAUAAAAAUGCUAAGAAGAAUGUUGGAAGAGAAAAGAAAAUGUAAUAAAUCGAAAAAUAAGAAAAAGAAAAAAUGAGAAAAUAAACAUAGUAAUACUUUGAUUAAUCUUAUGCUAUGGUAAAAAUGAGACUAUACAAAAGUACAAGUAUUGGAAGUAAGGUGCUAAAAAGUUUUCCGGACAGUAUAUAUGGUAAUCUAAAAGAUGAGUUGAAGAAUACAUUGAAACUUUUCAAAUUUAAAGAAAUAAAAAGAGAUAAACAGAACAAAGAGUUUAAAGUGACAAACAAAUUCUUAGAAAUAAUUGAACAAAAGAAUAAAGAAGGUGAUUGGUUUAUUGAUGAGGAGAAUAAUCUUGAAGCAAUAGAAUAUGAAAAAGUGGUUAAGUAAGUUAUAUUGGCUGAGUAGGUAGUUUAGCAGGAGAAAAGUCCUGAGAAACCCUAUAAAACAGUAUAGCAUACUACAAAAUCAUAGCUACUGGGCAAAAGCACAGUACCAAGAAAAAAUAUGGAAAGGGGUAAAUAUGUCAUUACAAAACAAGAUGAAAAAAUCUUGGAGUAGAAUGGUAUAAAUAUCCCUAAACCCAUCCCAUUUAGUCAUAUUCAGAUCCCAAAAGGGGCUUCAGAGAUAGAAGUUGCUAGAAUAGUGCAAGAUAAUCAAAAUAGGAAGUUAACCUAUGAUGAAGCCAUUAUAGAAAGAAAUUUGAAACUUUUCGAUGAGCUUAUUAAAAUUCAAAAUGCAUUUGCACUACCAGUUAACCAGAUCAAUAACUAAACUAAACAAGAAAGAUGCUUGGUUAAUGCCAUAAAUGAUAACAAAAAGAAAGAUAAACAUAGGAAACUUGUGAGACUACUUCCUAAAAACUUUGAUAAAUAUGAUUAAGAAAGAAUUAAACUCAAAUAAGAAAUGCCAGUGACUAAGAGAGGUCUAAAAAUGCUUGAAAACAAGAAAAAUUUAAAUACCUUAAAUCCGGAGGAUACAACAACAAUGAGACAAACUGAUGACAUAAUGAGUGAUUCUAAUGAAGAAGGAGGUAUCUAGGACUCCAAAAGAAAGAGAUUGAAGAAACAGUGA